AUGCCAUGUCGAGGAAAUUCUCUUCAUGAACAGCCCUUCCCGAGAACAGUUUGGAACCCAAGUAAGGAUCGUCUGAUAGUUUCCGAAGAAGAAUGGUAUGUAGAUGAAGAUGAGGAGGAGGAUGAAAUUGUAGACGAAGCAAUUCAUGAAAUGAUUGAUGAAGAAGAUUUUUCGGAUCAAGAAGACUCAGAUAUUGAGGAACACAUUCCAACACCUCGUGAUCAUGCUCUCCAUACGGAUCAACUCCGUUACCGAGCUGCCCUUAAUGGUCAUGUAUUCUUUUCUCACAUUCCGAAGCGUUUAGGAGAGGUGUUUAAUGUGGAAUGGUGGUAUUAUCAAUCCGUCGUGAAUCCAACUUCCAUGCCCAUGUUUGUUGGAUUGCCUGUGAGGGAUUUGAAGGAGCUAGAUAAUGAAGAUCAUCAUGCAGGUCGUUUCGAAUUGGGAAAGGCUAUUCACUGCAGAGAUUAUCAUUUGACUCUUAUGAAACCCAACACUACAUCUUCUUCGGAGAUGACUAUUUCCUAUCAUGACAAGCUUAGUAGGUUUUGGUCCAAUUACUUUUUUGACAAUUUCAGUGUGUUGAGCAGUGUAGGUGGAUUGCAAGCUCAGCAGAAUGAAGAGUGCAUGAAAGACACCUCCAGCUUUCGUAACAAGAUGAGUCUAAACGAGACUCAAGAAUGGAAACAUGGUGUGAUCCAAACGUGGACCUUUCAUUCAAGACCAGUCGGUAGACAUGAGAAAUCUCUACACAAAACGGUACCUCAGAUGGUAGCCAACACUGCUGGAAAUAUGGAAACAAGAUCUUUACACCGAAUUUGUUCCACUCCUACUGAAGAAAUAGCUCCCUCACAAGAACCUCAUCUCAGCGACUUGCUAGACAUGUCUCAACAGCAAGAGUUAAGGGUAGAGCAAGGGUGUUCUUCAGAAGAUGGCAAAUCUUUUAAUUGUAAUGGAGAACGUGACACGGGUUACAGCGAACUAAAUAGUAAUUCUUCAACAGAACCAUCAGGUGAAGAUAUCAAAACUUCAUUUCUAUCGACUUCGUUCUUGAGGGAUCAGUGGGAGAGCUUGGCCAAAGAAUUUUUCUCUCAUUAG